AUGCCCGGUUUCGCAGACUCGUUCUGGUCGAAUGACUACGCCGCAGGUGAGUUUCUUGCAAUUCAAGGACUGGGUGUCCUGUUCGGCAAGCUCCAACAAGGUGUCGUCGAGAACCGCCAGCUUCUAACCAUUGCUCGAAUGCGCGCCGAGGCCGAAGAGAUCUACGGAAACAAGCUAUCCGACAUCGCCCCGACCGUCGACAAGGUCCAGGGAGGGUUCAACCGCGACGAUGGCGCCAGCGUGCGGAAGGCCUAUGAAGGUGUGCGGACCGAGAUGGAGGAAGCGGCCAAGAAUCACAAGAAGAUUGCACAGAAUAUUCGCGACCUGGUUGUGAACCCUUUUGGCCGCUGGUGCGAGGCCCACGAAUCCCGGAUACAAGAUUCGCAAGAUGAGCUGCAGUCUCGAAUCAAGGCGCACGACAAGCAGGCCGACCUUUGCAAAAAGCUCCGAAGCACCUAUUUCAACAAGUGCCGACUACUCGAAGACUUGGAGGAGGAGAAUAAGCUGGCGUUCCAAGACCCCGAAACGAGCCCCAAAACUGGCCAAGAUAUCCCUGAAAUCAAGGUCGAACCCGAGAUUGCCGAGGAGGAGGAGCCCUACGAGAUCGGCGACGAGACUUAUACCCCCGACCAAGUCAAGAAGAUCCUCGAGCACAUGCUGAAUACGAUCAAGAUGGGCGAGACCAAGGUCCCCAUUCUCGGCACAUAUCAAAACACGUCUGCGGGAACCGAUAUUGUCGAGUAUCUUCAACGGCACAUGGGAAGCUCAAGCGUGAGCUAUGCCGAGAGAAUCGGCCAGGAUUUGGUAACGCACGGCUUCCUGAGACUGGUUGGUAAUGUUGGCAAUACGUUCGCCAAUAGCUCAAAGAUGCACUACCAAUGGCGGCCCAAGGCUUUCGAGAUGUCUGGUGUGCCAGAAAAGAAGUCGAUUUCAAGAGCCUUCUCCAUGCCCACCUCUGGGUCUGAUGGUUCUGACUCGCCUGUGGUUGGCACUGUUACUGAAUAUCUCGCCAAGUGGGAUGUGCUCAACACUUCCAGGCCGAACGAGACGCCAGCUGAGCGUAUGCGCCGGGAGGCCCGGGAGGCGGACGAAAAAUACAAGGCCAGUGUUCUGAAGCUGGAUGAAAUGAGGUGCGAGCUGGAGGAGGCCAUCUUCCUACAUCUCAAGUUUCUUGAGCGCUGCGAGCUGGAUAGGCUCAAGGCCAUCAAGACAGUUGUGUUGGACUUCUCGGGCACUAUCAGCAACGUUAUUCCUAGCCUCCAGGCCACCGUGGAUAACAUGAUGCUGUUCCAGGAAACAGUGCAGCCGCUUGGCGACUUGCGCUAUCUCUUGGAGAACUACCGCACCGGUAGCUUUGCUCCCAAGGUUGUAACGUACGAGAACUACUACAACAAGGUGGAUGACCAGACCUUUGGUGUGGAUCUCGAGGCCCGAGCCAGGGCUGACAGAAAGCGUGUGCCUAUUAUCGUUACAACGCUGCUUACCUACUUGGAUCAUCACUAUCCAGACCUCGAGGGCGAUGAGGCCCGGAGAGGGGUGUGGCUCCACGAGGUUCCCUUGUCUCAAACGCACAAGUUGAGAGCUUUGGUCAACAAUGGCAAGCCGCCUGCGUUGGAAACCUUUGCCGAUUUUGACAUCCCGACUGUUGCCAGCCUGUUGAAAUUAUACCUUCUUGAGCUUCCAGAUUCUUUGGUUUCUUCGCACGUAUAUGAAAUUAUUAGAACCAUCUAUACUACCCCCACCGGCAACGACAGCGAUGCCGCCCGCGUGCCCAUCCUCCAGCAGACACUGUCUCAAUUGAGGCUCACUAAUAUUGCCACACUGGAUGCCUGCAUGAACCACUUCACCCGCCUGAUCGACCUGACCUCUGCCGAUGAGGAGUACAUCGUCAAGCUCGCUACUUCCUUGGCCCCUUGCGUGCUUCGCCCUCGCACCGAAACCUCGCUCACCAUGGAGGAGAAGCAUGCCUACCGCUUGGUCCGUGACUUGUUCGCCCAUAAGGACGCCAUCUUCAACGAACUCAAGCGUCUCUCUACCAAUAACGCGUCUGGAACCCUCCGCGCCAACCCAGGUGGCCGCCCACGAGCCAUCUCCACCGACGAAAGCAACCGCAAAGCCCACAUGGAAGAGCGCAACCGUGUGCUCCUUGAAAAGGCACAGGGCAGCAGAUCUCGUGCUACCUCUCCGGCUCCUGGCCCACGUGGCCAUGCCCGUGAUAGGUCGGUGGGCAGACCAGAGACUCGCUUCCCCAUCUCGACUGGUCUUUCCAGCCCAACACAGGCUCACAGGAAACGGCAGAGCAUGGGCCCUGUGCUCCCCAAGAGGACAAGCCUCGAGGUGCCGGACGAUGCGAGCAUGGGGCUUAGCCACCCCGCUGAUGGUAACUUUUUAGGGGGUGCCCUCCCCAUUGUGCCUCAGGUGCAGCAGGUAGCGCAGCAGGAUAGCGAGGCCGUGUUGGAGAAGAGGAACAGCCUCGGGAGAAGCGGUGCCCGGUUCUCCUCGGGGAGGAGGGUAACGCCUGCUUCGAACAGGACCGAGACGCCACCUCCGAGCAGCAAUGAGAAUAUUAACAAGAGAGAGAGCAGUGGAAGUAAUGGGGCGCAGAGGGGCGUUGCGUUGGUGGAUGCGCCGAUGGAUUAUUAG